AUGGUCCAAAUCACUCCUUUCGCCGUAGAGCAAUGGAUGGACAAAUACGAAACAUGGGCAAAAUACAACAUCGCAGAAACAUGCAGCGCAUCAAUCUCCAUCGAUGAUCUCCGUUCAUUUUCAGAAGACCCGUCGCGGAAUCCGCUCUCGACAUCUACAAAGUUAACAUACGGGGCGAUCCGUGGGUCGGAGGAGCUACGCUCGAAUCUGGCUAAACUAUACUCUACGGGCAACUCAACGACAACGGUGUCGCCUGAGAACAUUCUGAUUACGUCGGGAGCAAUCCAGGCAAAUUUCUUACUACUCUAUACGCUUGUUCACCCUGGGGAUCAUGUUAUAUGCCACUAUCCCACGUAUCAGCAGCUGUAUUCGGUGCCAGAGUCGCUAGGCGCAGAGGUUAGUCUGUGGAAGACGAGCGGCGAUGAUGGAUGGCAACUUGACCUCAAGGAAUUGAAAGACCUAGUUCGGCCUAAUACGAAGUUGAUCAUUGUGAACAACCCACAAAACCCAACCGGAUCAUUGAUUUCGAAGGACAUCCUCACAGGACUUGUAGAUAUCGCUAGACAAGGUUCAAUGUUUGUCCUCUGCGACGAGGUCUAUCGGCCGCUGUUCCACACCUUGGACAAAAGUGAAUGGCCGCCUUCCCUGCUCUCCUUGGGCUACGAGCGGUCCAUUGUCACGGGAUCCAUGUCCAAGGCCUUCGCGCUAGCCGGAAUUCGGGUUGGAUGGAUUGCGAGCGUAAGCAAGGCUAUCAUCGAAGAUUGCGCAAGCGCGCGAGACUAUACCACAAUUUCCGUGAGCCAGGUGGAUGACCGGAUUGCCGCAUUUGCCCUGGAGUCUCCUCAUGUAGAGAAGCUUUUGGAUCGAAAUCUCAAUCUAGCAAAGAAAAAUCUGGCUAUACUGAAAGAUUUCAUAGAUGAGCAUCAAGAUGUGUGCGAGUGGGUGGUGCCUCGGGCUGGCACUACCGCGUUCGUGAGGUUCUCGAGGGAUGGGAAACCAAUCGACGACGCCACGUUCUGCCAUGUGCUCCAGGAGAAAAGGGGUGUCAUGUUCGUGCCGGGCGGUAAAUGUUUUGGCGAAGAGUUUAAAGGAUAUGUUCGGAUUGGAUAUGUGUCAGAAACGGAAGUGCUGCAAGCUGGUCUCUGUGAGCUUCGGGCUUUCUUGAGAACUGAAUUCGCGAAUGUGCCUUUAGCAUAGUUCAUCUUUGCUCGAGGAAGCCAACAGCUGGCUCGAAAUGUGUGGGGGAAUUGACAUCUUCACGCAAGCAAGCACGGCUUUUUGUAUGCCAUAAUGAGUACGGAGUACGGAGUAGUGGUACUAGUUAGUGAGCUUCCGUGCCAGAAACACGAGUUGAAGAAACAAGAGCUCCUUGUGGACGAGCUCUUU